GUCUAUAAACACAGAGACUCAUUCAGCACUGGGGGCUGGCUCGCUAGCCUGCAGUGGCGAGGCAGGGACGAGAGAGAGACAGAGAGUGAGAGGGAGAAGAAGAAGAAGAGGAAGGGGGAGAAGAAUAGGAGGAGGUUGGCUCCCUUUUCCCAUCCAGCUCGGAGAUUUAUUGUAAGAUUGCCCCAUCCAAAGUUGCCAAUGGAUCUUCUCAACGCCAGCUACCUGAGACCCAGCGGUGGCUACGACUGCACCUUUAACUUCUGGAACGACUACCUGGGACUGUCCGCCCUGGUCGCCAAGAAUCGCCGCAGCAAAGGUCCCGUCUCUCCCAACUCCAUCACCGAAUGCCUGAAGGCCACUCUGGGCUUGAGCGACCCGUGCUAUCCCGCGGACCGCAGCUGCUGCCCCGCCAGCCCGAGGAGAAGGUUGGAGGACUUUGAGGAGAACCUCCCGCUCUUCCACCCCUUCCAGCCCCCGGCCCCCAGCCGCGGGCAGGUGGAAGGCGAGAUGUUCCUCGACCCCUUCGGUUCCUUGGAUCUACUGGGUGUGGACAGGAGGGUCUCCAGGAGGCCGGGCAGCCGGGGCAAGCAGGAGGUCAGGAUCUGCGUCUUCUGCCGCAAUAACGGGGCGCCCGAGGAUGUCUACGCCUCCCACGUCCUGAAGACCUCGGACGGCAGGGUCGUCUGCCCCAUCUUGAGGGCUUACACUUGCCCCCUGUGUAACGCCAACGGCGACAACGCUCACACCAUCAAGUACUGCCCCCUCUCCAAAGACCAGCCUCCGCAGAGGGUAUUGAAGGGGGGCAGAGCCGUCGGUGGUGGCAAGAGGGUCAAGGUCUUCUAGAAGGUCCAUGCAACUGGGAGGCAGAUGGGGAGAUGUGUCCCUGGCUCCUGAAGGAGGGUCUCCACUUGAAACCUCACCUAUCCAUGUUCUCCAGAGAUGUUGCUUGACCCACAAAGUUACUCCAGGACUCUGUGAAAUGUCACCUAUCCAUGUUCUCCACAG